CAGCUAAUCUGGUUUCUGAGGUUCUUAUUCCUGGGGCUAGGGGAACCCAGGAAGAAGGCUCCGGGCCUUAUCCCUCUCCCGUGUGUCUCCCUACCCCCACCCCGGUGUUUCCAUCCCCGUACACACUGCUACCAUGGCAUCCCUCUUCUCUGGCCGCAUUUUGAUAAGAAACAACAGCAACCACGAUGAGGUGGAGACGGAAGCCGAGCUGAGCCGCCGGCUAGAGAACCGUCUGGUGCUGCUGUUCUUCAGCGCUGGGUCCUGACCACAGUGCCAGGCCUUUGCCCCUGUUCUCAAAGACUUCUUCGUGCGACUCACUGACGAGUUCUACGUGCUGCGGGCGGCACAGCUGGCCCUGAUCUAUGUGUCCCAGGACCCCACGGAGGAGCAACAGCUCCUGUUCCUCAGGGACAUGCCUGAGAAGUGGCUUUUCUUGCCGUUCCAUGACGACCUGAGGAGGGACCUCGGGCGCCGGUUUUCUGUGCGUCGUUUGCCGGCUGUCGUGGUGCUCAAGCCAAGCGGGGACGUGCUGACGAGCGAUGCGACCGACGAGAUCCAGCGCCUGGGACCUGCCUGCUUCGCCAAUUGGCAGGAGGCGGCGGAGCUGCUGGACCGCAGCUUCCUGCAGCCGGAGGACCUGGAUGAGCCCGCGCCGCGCAGCAUCACCGAGCCCCUGCGCCGUUGCAAGUACCGCGUGGAUCGGAAUCUGGGCCGGCUGGACCGGGGCCGGAGCGGCCACGACUCUGGUUACCCCCAGGGAGAUGCAGGUGGAAGGGCAGAGCUCUGGUGAUCCCCCAGAGGUACCCGGGUACAGCGGCGGGGCUCCGAUGACAGCCUUGGGGACCCGGGUGCAGGGGCAGGGCUCUGGUGACCCCCAGGGGGACCGGGAUGCAGAGGCGGGGCUCCGAUGACCCCCGGGGGGACCCGGGUGCAGGGGCGGGGCUCCGAUGAUCCCCAUGGGGACUUGGGUGCAGAUGCGGGGCUCCAAUGACCCUCAUGGGGACCCGGGUGCAGGGGCGGGGCUCCGAUUAUCCCCCAUGGGGACCCAGGUGCAGAGGCAGGGCUCUGGUGACCCCCAGGGGGAUGAGGGUACAAGGGCAGAGGUCUGGUGACCCCCAUGGGGGACCGGGAUGCAGGGGCGGGGCUCCGAUUAGCCUUCUCCUCCUGUCUGUUCAGAAUGUUCCCUAGACAGCAGGGCAGAUUGACCUUGAACUCAUUAUUCUGCUGCCUUAGUUUAAGGAGUAACUGGAAUGGCAGCCAAAGAGAUACAAGUUUCCUCUUCCAGGCCUUCCCUAGACUUUGAAAGAACGUGGGGGCCGGGCGGUGGUGGCGCACGCCUUUAAUCCCAGCACUCGGGAGGCAGAGG